AAUUAAUUAAAUGAAACAUUUUAAAUUGGCAUAUUAAUUACAAUGAAUAUAGCAAAAAACGUCAUUGAAAGAUUUUUCUUCACUCAAAAUUCCAACAAAAAAUGAUUAACGAUGGAUAUAUUCGCUUUAAAAGGUACUAAAAUUUAAAUUCACAAUUGGGGGGUCACUUUUUUAUCACAUUUUUAUUACUCAUUCAAAAAUUUCAAAAUCGAUAAGGUUUUGACGUUUGCGCGAUGUUCAUAGCAGUUCUAACCUCAAACCCGAUAACAACCCCAAAUUUAAUUUGAUUAAAAGAAAUCACUUCAUUUUAUGAAUUAUUAAAGGUAAUUUUAGAAUUUGAUCUCAAUUUACGCCAAUAAUUAAUAUUUAAUAAUUAAAAUUAAUUAAAUAAAAUAUUUUAAAUUGGCAUAUUGAUUACAAUGAAUAUAGCAACGUAACCUCGAAACGUCAUUGAAACAUUUUUCUUCACUCAAAAUUCCAACAAAAAAAUGGUUAACGAUGGAUAUAUUCGUUUUAGAAGGUACUAAAAUUUAAAUUCUAAUUAGGGGUCACGUUUUUAUCACUAUUACUCAUUCAAAAUCGAUAAGGUUUUGACGUUUGCGCGAUACUCAUAGUAGUCCUAACCUCAAACUCGAUAACGUGACCCCACGAUAUUAAUAACAAUCCUAAUGUGAGUGUUAUUAAAUCGUUUACGAAAGAAAUGACUACGACAGCGCAAGUAACCCCCACGUCCGAUAAAAAAAGUAUAAAAAAUCAAAUAUUAAAUCACAUCCGAUACGAACAUUUAGUGGCUGGUCUCUCCGGUGGUUUAGUUUCGACUUUGAUCCUCCACCCUUUGGACGUAAUUAAGAUUCGUUUUGCCGUACACGAUGGUAGAAGUGGAGCUACGCCGAAAUAUACGGGAAUUGCAAAUGCUUUUGUUACGAUUUAUCGACAAGAAGGUGUGAAAGGGCUUUAUCGGGGUGUUACUCCGAAUUGUUGGGGAGCUGGUUCUUCUUGGGGGUUAUAUUUCUUGUUUUAUAACUCGUUAAAGGUGUUUAUACAAAAAGGAAAUAUUCAACAACCUUUAAGUCCUACACAACAUCUUUUAGCUGCCUCACAAGCGGGUGCUUUUACGUUAUUGUUUACAAACCCCCUUUGGGUGGUUAAAACGAGAUUGUGCCUCCAAUAUGGCUUUUUGGAACCCAAUAAAGAGAUGUAUAAAGGAAUGAUGGAUGCUUUAACAAAAAUUUAUAGUAAAGAAGGAGUAAGAGGUUAUUAUAAAGGAUUUUUGCCUGGAUUAUUUGGAGUUUCGCAUGGAGCUAUACAGUUUAUGGUUUAUGAAGAGAUGAAAAAUAAAUAUAACUUUUAUCAAGGGACAAGUAUAACAACUAAAUUAACAUCGUUUGAGUAUUUAACAUGUGCUGCUGUUUCGAAGUUAGUUGCUGCAGCUACUACGUAUCCAUAUCAAGUUAUUAGAGCUCGAUUACAAAAUCAGCAUUAUUCCUAUGAUGGCGCAACGGAUUGUAUUGUUAAAACUUGGUCUUUUGAAGGGUGGAGAGGAUUUUAUAAAGGACUUGGAACGAAUUUAUUAAGAGUUACCCCAGCUACAAUGAUUACCUUUUUAACCUACGAAAAUGUUGUUCAUUUUCUUAUGAAAAAACGGGUAGAGGAAGGUUGAUUAAUUAUUUUGUGAUAAAUAGAUGAAUUUAUUUAAGUUUUAAUUAUGUAAUAAACUGGUUUUUAUUGUA